UUGCAUGAUAAAUGGUUUCCCCUCCGUAUUAGUUAAUGGAGAAAUAUUUUGGCUACUUUUGCCGAAGGGGUUUGCUUUGCUUGCAAGGUCAUUCAGAAUGGGCUCCCUGAACUUUGAACUGUAUCUGCAAAGUGAGAUAAACAAGAGCCGUAUAAAUACCACAGCCCUUUUCCCCACAGUGUUUUCUUCUGCAGCAGUUAGGCAGAGCUUCCAAGGAGAGAGAGGAAGAAAGGUUAAAACCCAGCCAUGUGGGCCGGGCUGGGACUAGUUCUGGCUCUCUGUCUCCUCCCAGGAGGAGAGACAGAGAGCCAGAACUGCAAGGAGGCCCCAGAAUGGUAUAUUGGGGAGGAGAACCCAAUGCUGAACUCUAGGGGCUCAGUGACAGUGGUGGCUCUCCUCCAGGCUAGCUGAUACUUGUGCCUGCUGCAGGCUUCCAGGCUGGAGGACCUGCGAGUCAAGUUAGAGAAUGAAGGACUCGUUAAUAUCUCGUAUGUGGUUGUCAACCAUCAGGGAGCUCAUUCCCAGAAGAAAGUCCACCUACUAAGAGAAAGUGUUUCAGAGCAUAUCACUGUCUACCAGCAAGAUGAGGGGCAAGCUGAUGUUUGGACUAACUUAAAUGGAAGCAAAGAUGACUUUCUCAUCUAUGACAGAUGUGGCCGUCUAGUGUAUCAUCUGGGUCUGCCCUAUUCCUUCCUGUCUUUCCAAUAUGUAGAAGAAUCUAUUAAGAUCGCAUACUGUGAAAACAAGUGUGGAAACUGCUCUUACAUGGAAGCUGAUAUUGAUGGUAUAUGUGAAAACAUCACUAAAAAAGCCGAUGAAAAGCUAGCAGAGAUAGAACCCAAACCAACUAGUCAACGUUCACAACACCACAACCUGCAUAGACACAGACACCACCACCACCACCACCACCAUCAUUCCAAAAAUGCAAACCAUCAGGCUCCUCCUGAAACUCAAAGACAUCAUCCUCACAGUGGUCGGCGUCAUAGAGUUUUUGGCCAUAACAGACAUGAUCAGACAGGUAGUCAUGAACAGGUAGAAAGUGUGGAAACUACACCAGAUAAAAAGCUAUGAAAAAAAGGGAAAACCAGCUGUAAAAACUCAUUAACUUGAAACUGGCAGACAGCAUCAGACUCAACUUCUAGUAGCUGAUGCUGUCAUUGUCGACACCUUUUGUUUGAAGAGCUAGGAAAUUCUGUCACUUGACAGUGUCGUGGAGCACUUCCAAAUUCUUGCAGAUGACAUGGCCAGCUGUCAGCAGAGGACAUCACUGAAUCUUGACAGUGACGUCUGCUCACUGCUGCCUGACAGUCACCAGCAGCAGAAGCAAGUGAAACUAGUGACACCUGACAAUGACAAGAAAAGGCAAGAAACUGAGCCUGAAAAACAAACUAAGCACCUUAAAAAUGGAAGGGGGUCCUGCUGCCUAAAUUCACGUAGCUGCAAGAGUGGAAAAAUUAACAGACCAAAUGUUUUUAUUGCCCCCAAUUAAAAAUUACAGUGACAGGCGUGUAGAGUUAAAAUAUUGCGAAGAAGUAGACUUUCAGAGCAGUGCUCUUAGAUUUACACAAUACCUGUCAAAUUCCAUCACUGAAAAGCUUCAUAACUUAAAGGAAUUUAAUUGACCCAUAGUUUGUUUUUCAGUUGCACUGGGAAGGUGUCUGCAUUCUUGAUUAAUUUGUCUUUCUUGUUUCUCUUCUAACAUUCUGCUUGCAUUUGUGAGGACAGGAGCAUAAACUAUGACCUAGGGGCUCCUGUCUGAUGUGUUGCAAUCAAGAAUAGAAGAUAAACAAAACAGAUAUUUUAAUCAUUUUUUAAUUAAGAUGAUGGGACAUAUUCAAAAGUUGAUUUGGUUGGUUUUUUAUUUUCCUGACCUGGGGAUACAAAUCAGGUACAAAAAAGCUUAUUCCUAAGCAACGUGCCAAAAUAACUUUCUAUCUUAAAUGUUAGAUACAAGCAGUAAUUGCAUUAUUUUUAAACAAGCUUGUAAGUUUAACUUUGUGGCUUAGAUACAGCAUCAGUGUCCAUUAACACACACUACUACAGCUUGUAAAAUCCCACCAAAUCAGUAAGAUCAUGCCUAAAGUGAGAAGCAGUGUUAACAACCCUUCAUGCAGAAUCAGUAUCAAAAAAGAGGGAGGGGUAGAACAAGUUUAAUGUUUAUCUUUGUUCAUAACAGUGCUGAAUUUGAUAAAUCUAUAGUGAUUAGUAAGGUAAUAUACCACUUGUAUAACUUCUCUGUCUGUAGCUUAGCUUUCCUAACCUUUGAUUAACUGAGUUGAAAUAAAAAUAUAGUUGUUAGAAGGAUUCCUGGAUGAAGAGAGCAUUCAAGAAAGAAAAACUGCUUUGAAAGCGUACACCAUAAUUAAUGAUGGUUUAAUAGGGAAAUUAUUAUUCCUACCAAACCUGAAUCUUUUUAUUGUGAAUGCUGAUUAGCAAGAAAGUAGUCUUGAACAUACAAAGAAUGCAUGUCUUUGGAAUAUUUGAGAAGAGUGUUUUCAAUAAAAAAAACACCUGUAUUUCUUCCUA